CCCUUGUCCAUCUCCAUCCCUUGAGUGAAAGGAGACUCUCUUUCUCUCCUUUCUUUUACUGUUUUCCGCAAACCGAUCCCUAAGUGGCCAAAACUUUCCGUCUUCUUUAGAUUGAAGAGAAAGGCCAGUGCAGUGUCCCUCCAAACAAACUCUUCACCACUCGUAUCCAGAGACUUUUUCAUCAUUCAGAAUAAAAUUAUCAGCUAUGGGAAGCAGCAACAGGGAAAGCAAAUUUCUAUCUUUGCUGGUCUGCUCAUGUUCGUGGCUUCUCUUUGCCCUCCAAGUUAGCACAACUCUGGCCAAGAGGUCCACCUACAUUGUCCAUAUGGACAAGUCCCUCAUGCCCAAGCCUUUCUCUUCCCAUCUCCAUUGGUACUCUUCCAUUAUUGAUUCCCUAGUAAAUUCUAGAGACCUUGCUUCCCCCACUGAAACACUAGUUCCUCAUUCCAAUCCAAGCCUUGUCUACACUUACGAUAACGCAUUCCAUGGCUUCAGUGCUCUUCUCUCCGAGGAAGAGCUGGGGAAGCUAAAGAAGUCCCCGGGAUUCGUCUCGUCUUUCAUGGACCGCCAAGUGGAGCUUGACACCACUCACACCUUCGAAUUCCUCUCCCUCAAUCCUACCACCGGACUGUGGCCAGCGUCCGACUACGGGAGAGAUGUCAUCGUCGGCGUAAUCGACACCGGGGUGUGGCCGGAGAGCGACAGCUUCAAGGACCAUGGGAUGACCCGAAAUAUUCCAAAGAAGUGGAAAGGGGUGUGCCAGGAAGGGCAAGAAUUCAACUCUUCGCUGUGUAAUUUAAAGCUUAUCGGAGCAAGAUACUUCAACAAGGGCGUAAUAGCCGCUGAUCCCAACGUUACAAUCCGUAUGAACUCGGCGAGGGACAAUGAGGGUCACGGCACUCACACUGCUUCAACUGUCGCCGGAAACUACGUCCGUGGAGUCUCAUUCUUCGGCUACGGUUUGGGAACUGCAAGAGGGAUGGCGCCACGAGCCAGGCUUGCUGUCUACAAGGUUAUCUGGAAUGAAGGACGUUAUGCUUCGGAUGUGCUUGCCGGUAUGGACCAGGCCGUGGCCGACGGCGUCGAUGUGAUGUCCAUUUCGAUGGGUUUCGGUCGAAUCCCUCUUUACGAGGAUCCUAUUGCCAUAGCAUCAUUUGGAGCCAUGGAGAAGGGCGUGUUGGUUUCUACCUCGGCCGGAAAUCGUGGUCCAGAGCGCGGGCGCCUGCACAAUGGCAUUCCAUGGGCCCUGACCGUGGCCGCAGGCUCCGUCGAUCGAUGGUUCGCGGGGACUGUGACGCUAGGAAAUGGGUUUACCAUCAAAGGAUGGACUCUGUUUCCAGCCAGAGCUUGGAUACAAGGCCGAUCUCUUCUCUACAACAAGACUUUAUCUGCUUGCAAUUCGGUUGACCAGUUAACUGAAGCCCCGGGUUCCAUUGUCAUAUGUGACAACAUCGAGGAUUUCGGGACACAAAUUGAUGUUCUUUCAAAGACAGAUAAGUCCGCAGCCAUCUUUAUCUCCAAUGAUUCAGAUCUAUUUCGUUCCAAACAUUUCCCCUUUCCAGGGGUUGUAGUUAGAGUGAAGGACUCGCCUCCACUAAUCCACUACGCUGAAACUGCCACCGAACCAACAGCUAGCAUCAAGUUUCAACAGACCUUCGUGGGGAUUGAGCCUGCACCCACCGUUGCUAUCUAUAGUUCGAGAGGCCCUGCACAGAGCUACCCGAGUAUCCUGAAGCCAGAUUUGAUGGCCCCUGGGACUUUAAUUCUAGCCGCUACGAGUCCAGAGACGUAUGUUACUCGAAUUGGUCAGAAUAUAUACUUGUCAGCCGAUUACGAUCUGAGCUCGGGCACGUCCAUGGCUUGCCCUCAUGCUUCCGGCAUUGCAGCGAUGCUCAAAGGGGCUCACCCAGAAUGGAGCCCCGCCGCCAUUCGAUCGGCCAUGAUGACCACGGCAAACCCAUUUGAUAACACUGGUAAUCCUAUCGUAGACGUUUACUACGGCUCUCAUGAGGCCGCUUUGCCGCUGGCCAUUGGAGCUGGCCAAGUUGAUCCCAACAAGGCGCUUGAUCCCGGCCUCAUAUAUGAUACUGCUCCGCAAGACUACGUGAAUCACCUCUGCUUCAUGAACUUCACCGCCAGCCAAAUCUCCACCAUAACCAGAUCAAGCAAUUACAGCUGCGCCAAGGCUUCGUUCGAUCUGAAUUACCCUUCCUUCAUCGCUCUGUACACUAACAAGAGAACCAAUGUUGAGACAUUUCGACGGACUGUCACGAAUGUUGGAGCUGGAGCGGCGAUUUACAAGGCGGCAGUGAGAGCGCCCAAGGGUUCUAAAGUUACAGUGUCGCCGGAAAGAUUGGUGUUUGGCAAGACACACGAGAAGCAAAGCUAUUCAUUGAACAUACGGUUUAAGGUUGACAACAGAGGAUCGAUAACACAUGGCUCACUCGUUUGGAUUGAAGAGAAUGGAAAGCACACAGUGAGGAGUCCCAUUGUUGUGUCGCCCAUAAUCGACAAUUAGUGAACUGAACCUGAUUUAAUCUUGGACAGAAAAUGGUCUCUGCCAUGAAAAUAAAAUUGUCUUUGCUUUGGUCUUUGUUCUGGUUUAAGGUAAUAAAGUGUUUAAUCUUACGUUUA